CACAGCGAAGCGCACCUGGGCCUCAGACUCAGAGUCACAGUCAAGACUUUGAAGCUCGUCCAUGAAACAGAAACUUCAACGAAAGACAACAGUCACAAUCUGAAGAGUAGCUAAGGAGGCAACAGCCUGCACUGACAAACAUGCUGCGCUUUGGGACCUAAUUGAGCUUCAAGUUCCUACCUACUAUCCUCCGCGUGCAAUUGUGCUUUGAACUGAAGGUUCAGAGCUCCGCUUCACAGCUUCAUAGCUUGGUCACAUUGGUGGUAGUCUGCAUGGGACGCCUUGCAGAAACUUAUGUAUCCUGCAGCAAGUAGAGAGCUUGGCAAAUAGCGGGCUCUAGUGCUUGGACUCAUUCAAUUCCGCAUAAAUUCCUCGCCUCUGAAAUAACAAGAGCUUUUCAAACCCGAUAUAGAUGGCAUCGAGCGGCAGUGGUACCAAGGAUGUGCGAAAGUCGCCCUCAAAGGAGCAGCGGGACAAGUGGCGGGAAGGAGUUCCUUAUCUUGUCCAACUAUACUUUGAGAGGUGGGGGAGCAAUGACCCUUUGGCUGUUACUGAUAAAUCUGGCCUUGAGAAGCUGAUAGAGAGAAAUUGGCGGAAAUGUGGUGCAGGGGAGGGGUGCAGGUGCGAGGAGAUUUGUGAGCACCUCCUGUGGCCAUCUUCGUGUCCUAUCAGUUACGCCCAUAGUGUGGCAGAAUGCGCAAUAGAUCCCGACGAGAAGACGAGGUACCAGAAGAUCUUCUUGGAUGCUGUGGAUGCGCUCCAGAAUGGGGAAGCAAUUGGGCAAGGAUCCAACAACUAUGUCCAGGAUGGUGCAUGCCCCUUGCAAAAGGUGCACAGCGAGCUACUUGUCAAGAUGCCUCGGCACAGGAAAAGAAAGGGGGAUAGUCUUGCCGAGUCAAACCCCAGAAGAGAAAGGACACGGGGAUCGGCAGAGGGCUUGCCGGAAUGCUCGCCAGGUGGGAGCUCUGAGCAGAACCCUGGAGCCAGUAGUGUGCGGUCGACAGGGAUCCUCAGCAUACCCUCCAGCAGAGCAGAGUUGCCUUCGGGUCUGCCGUCAAACCCAUGCCCUGAAGCAACGGUCAGGCACUCGGUUAAGAUGGCGGUGUUGAGUGCAUUGUGGGACCCCAGCAAGGACGCCAGAUAUGUUAUCAUGAACCAGUUCUGCGAGCUGGGAGAUCCGCGGGCAAACUGCAAGUUGCGGGAGGCUCUGCGAAGCUGGGACUUGGAUGGGGUCCUAACUCCCAACGACCAGAGCAGCCCGGAGCGUCAGAUCAUGUAUCUUCUCUGGGACUGCAAAGACAAAGACGAGAAGCGCGGCUGUACAAGUUGGGACCUUGUAGCGAACAAGGUUGUCAACCCGACGGAGGCCAAGGCUAAAAGUCACGACAUAGCGCUGGGUGUGCUCGAUGCCUUUGAGCCCCUCUCACCUAAAGAACUGCGGCCUGAUGAUGCCAUGGGCCAGCUUGUUCCCCAUGGGAGAUCUGGGGAGCCGGACUCGUGGGGAGGUUCGUUUGGCGGGGGAGGAAACCUUUCAGAGCAGAGCUCCGGCAGUUUCUUCUUUGACGUGCUUGGCAGUGGCUCUUUCCAACCGCCCGGGUCUACAGAGGGUUAUUCGGCGGCAUUGAGCUCGUCAGUGCCGGGAGCCGUGCUUGACAGUGCGGACGUGGGGAGUGUGAGUGGGAAGUCCGUCGUGCUUGACGGUGAGCAACAGGGGGCUUCCAAAUCAGGGGAAGACAUUCUGGCGCAUGGUUCGGCUGUCCCGGGAGAGUUCCCCAGAGGAAACUUCUCUGAGAAGCACCUACAGGCCCCCCUGUCGAGACAAGCAUCUGAGGAGGGCGGGAGGUACGAUGGAGCAAGAACCGAGAGGACAGACAAGGAUGCCGAUCGCGGCCACGGAUCAUCGGAGCAGGCAGUUUGCGAGAAGCAACUCACUUUUUGCGCAGCGGGGACCAAGCCCUCUCCAUCUACGUGUAACUCCUGCACCGGUGUCAGUGGAUCCGGAGUAGCUGAUUCUUCCCUGGUUCGCUGUAGCGACGGCGUAGAGUUAGGCAUCCCGGCACUUGCAGAGGAGAAGGGGGCGCCACAGACUGCGAUGAGUAUUAGCAGCGCUGCUUCCCGGACCACCACCUCCGACGUCCUACAUGACGGAAAAGAUGGUGCAGCAGGUUUCCGAACCGGGAACGGCGCCCAGAGUGAUGGAAGCCCUGGCUCGAGAGCGUCCCCGCCGUCAUCCCAGGGAAAUCACUGCGGACGCCUCGGCUCGCAGGCCAAUGCCAGCGUCGAGACCCGGACAGUCUCGGCAAACCAUACCGAGCCCCAAAAGGGGAACACAUUUGAGCGUCCAGAGACGAUCACCGGCGGGCCGCUGGUUCGUCAAAGCCGCGAUGCUGAGCGAGUGUGUACGAGCAAAGCAGUGCAAAGAAAGGCAAGUGGGCAAAGUCCAAUUAGGAGCGGACAGGCGGAGGCACGCUUCGACCGCACCGGACUGGCAGAAGUGCUCACGAAGCUAGAACUCUCCAAAGAGACGACACCCAGACUAACGCCCGAGGAGCCCGAGACGGAGCGGCAGCUGCGCAGGCACGAUUGCAAGGUUCGCGCGCUGUCUCCUAGCAGACUGGCGGAGGCGGAGGCGGAGCGCGCGUACGCACUCGCCGUGCACCAGAAGCGCGAGCUCACGCACACGGUCGAGCAGGAGGAUCCCGAUCAGGAGCGUGCGGCGGAGGAAGUUGCGGAGAAGGGACGCCAGGAGCGGGUCGCAGUGCAGCAGCAGGCGGCAGAGCACGAGGAGGCACAAAACCCGGCGCACGCUGAUCUAAGCAACGCGGAGCUGUCCAAGAACAGUCCAGCAGCUCGGGACCAGAUUAUCAAGGCUCUUUUGAGAGGGCCCAUCGCUGUCGUUGAGCCAGCCACGGGCAACCUGAAAAGCGCGGAAGAGAUUUUCCCUGGAGGCGUCAGCAACAACGCAUCCCUGUACUGUGUGGCAGUUGGUCUGUACAACGGACUUAACGCAUACCUCUGCAGUGACGCCUCAACCAACCAAGAGUUCAAAAAGCCCGCCCAAGACAUGAACCGGAAAGGUCUUUGGGAGGCGAUCGAUUGCUUCUUCACGCUAGUCGCUGCCAGCCCUGCGCGGUGCACUGCGGUGAAGGCGUACCUGGACGGGUACUUCGACACCCCGCGGACUGCCUGCGACGCGCGCGUCAACACCGCGACGCACGCGCAGCUCGAGGCGUGCUUCGCUCACAUGCUGGGCGCUGUCAAGAGGGCCGAGCAGGAGGAGCUCACGAAUGAGCGUGCGGCGCAGGAGGUUGCGAAGAAGGAGCUCCAGGAGCGGGUUGCGGAGCUGCAGCAGGCGGCAAAGUACUAUAAGGU